CUGGAGGUGAAUAGCAGAUUUACAAAUCAUCUGAACAGCCUGUUUGGCUCGACUUUGCUGGCGAAGGGAGUUUACAAAUUCGUGAAGCGGCUCAGCAUCCGGUCGUGUCUACUCAACUUCCUCUGAAAACAACACCACGUGUGUGGAGGGGGAAUGAAUGGGUAGCUGUCACUGCGGUCCACACGCACAUCCAACGGCAUUAAGAGCAGAAUUUGUCGUUUUACGGACCAUAGUUUGUGUAUAAACUCUGCAGCCAAAGAACGCCGCUUCCGGAGAAGAGUGCUCACCAUGAGUUUUGUGGAGUACUCAGACUUCAUUCAGGACGGGGACGUUGCCAUCGUCUACCUGGGCCACGAGUCCAUGAUGCCAGUCAAGGUGCAGCAGGGCGCUCAAACGCAGACGCGCUACGGGGUCAUUCGCCACUCCACGGACCUGAUUGGCCAGCGUUACGGGUCGAAGGUCACCUGCAGCAAAGGCGGGUGGGUCCACGUGCUUCACCCCACGCCUGAGCUGUGGACGGUCACCCUGCCGCACCGCACACAGAUCCUCUACACCACCGACAUCGCCACCAUCACCAUGAUGCUGGAGCUGAAGCCCGGAUCCAUCGUCUGCGAGUCAGGGACAGGUAGCGGCUCCCUCUCCCACGCCAUCCUGCGCACCAUCGCCCCCACGGGUCACCUGCACACGGUGGAGUUCCACCAGCAGCGGGCGGAGAAGGCGGCGGAGGAGUUCAAGGAGCACCGCGUGGGUCAUCUGGUCACGGUCAGGAACCAGGACGUGUGCAAGGACGGGUUCGGCGUGACCGGGGUGGCAGAUGCCGUCUUCCUGGACAUCCCCAGCCCCUGGGAGGCAGUGAGACACGCCAAGACUGCUAUGAAGAAACAAGGAGGUCGAGUGUGUUCGUUCUCUCCGUGUAUCGAGCAGGUCCAGAGGACGUGCGAGGCUCUGGCGGAUCAGGGCUUUGAGGAGAUCAGCACCGUGGAGGUACUGCUGAGAGUCCACGACGUGCGAACCGUCUCCCUGCCGCUGCCCGACUUCGGCCCCGACCCCUCCGCCCUGACUCAGCCCGACGCUGCAGAGAAAACGCCCCCCACCUCAGCCCCAAACCAGGCCUGCAUCGCCAUGAAGACCACCACCCCACCCAGAGAAAUACCAGGUCACACAGGGUACCUCACCUUCGCUACCAAACCAAGAACCUAAAGCUCAGAGUGAUUUUCUUUCUUUAUUUCCACCACCAGUAAAUCGGAGCAGGUUUAUAAUCCGUACUCUUUGCCUCGCUCCAGUCUAUUUUUCAUGUACAUUAAUAAGACUGUGAUAAUCCAGCAGGGUACCAGGUUCCUCCAGGUCCCGGUUGGCGCUGCAGCACCAAGAGGAUUUACACUCUUGUGUUACAUAAUUUUGAGCUCCUGUCACUUGGCACCGGUUUGUUGCUUGCAUCAAGCAAGAGUGAAAAUCAAGUUGACAGUGAUUUCAUUUGAGAAGAAUAUACUUUUUAGCUUAUAACUGAUAAGAUGCUUCCCCUUUUAUAAAAAUCACUUUUAAUCAGUGUUUUCAUUUGUUGGGGGAAGGAAUUGUUUUAUAUUUUCUUUUUCUUUUUCUUUUUUGCACUUUUGUAUCCAAGUAAAUGCAAUAAAUGUGCGAAAAGA